ACGGUUUCAGGUGUGCCACGAUAGAGUGUGUGUGUGUGUGUAAAAGGCAGACUACAAGACACAGCGAAAGUAAGACCAUAAAAAAAAAUACGGGAGGUUCUUUAAUGAAUUAUAGAGAAUGCAUUGAUUUAGCUGGAUCUGGGUGAUACACACGGAAACACACACACACACGCAGAAAAAUGGAAGGGGAAGUAGACGACGAAGACGGGAUGUUCACCAACAUCUCACUGGCUGAUGACUCAGCUGACUGUGACUCUGCAGCACUGCGCCCUAAACCAGAGGAGCAGCUCUCCACCAUGAACUGUGACAUGGAUGGAGACAUGGAGAAUCAGGUUGAAGUGGAGGAGAAGACACGCCUCAUUAACCAAGUGCUGGAGCUCCAACACACACUCGAAGAUCUCUCUGCUCGGGUGGACGCCGUGAAGGAGGAGAACCUGAAGCUGAAGUCGGAGAACCAGGUUCUAGGCCAGUACAUCGAGAACCUCAUGUCGGCCUCGAGCGUGUUUCAGACCACCGACACCAAGAGCAAACGGAAAUAAAACGCACGGGGCGUCGUCUUCCUUCCCAAAACGGAUUGCCAGUCCUCUAACACCGAGGCCAGUGCGCACCGACGUUCCAGCUUUCACAUGUACACCAAUGCUGAGCUCUGAGUUUAUUUGUUCUGUUUAUAAAUCUUCUUUGGUUCUUUGCCUCACUGCCUUAUCGUCCUGGCAGGUUGUGGAUAACGCUCGUGCAGAGAGACGUGCUCUCCGUUUCAAUCUGUGGUCAGAUAUCGACAGCAUUAAUGCACAUCAGCUUCUCUGUAGGUCUUUUAUUAGCUUCUCAACAACCUAUUUGAUCAAAUAAUGCAGUUUACUUUGUCACUCUAUUAUGAUAUGUUAAAAAUGAAAGCACAGAAGAGAAGUGCCGUGUACUCUUUAGCACAGGAAGCUCAACCUGAACGUGCAUGAGGUGCCAUUAUUUAUUCUUCCAAAGAGACAUGCAUGAUUUAAGAAGCCGAUAUUGAUGAUUAUUAGUGAACAAAUGGCAACGAUGAAGAACUAUCAUGGACAAAACAUUUCUGCUGUAUUGGGUUUAUUUUGCAUUAACAGUUAGAGGUGGAGUUGGUUAAAAAAAAGUCCAUAGAGGCAGAGGCUCUGCUACAGUAAUUACAGCGCUGGUAAUAAAUAUUCAGAGUCUGUACUCAAGUCUUUAUUGUCGCGUAUACAAAUACAGUACAGUUGCAUUCUUUUAUCCUAGCUUGGGUCAGCCAGCCAUGAUUCAGCUCCUGGAGCCGAGAGUGUUUAAGAGCCUUGCACAAGCACCCAAUAGAGGCAUUUUGUUGGUUCGCCGCUCGGUUCUGAUUAGUUCGUUGGUUGGUUGGUUGGUUCUGAUCAGUAGCCGUGAGCUUUAACCACCGAGCCCCCGGUGCCCCUGGCACGCGUGCACGUUAGACAUAAGACAGGCCUGUGCAAUCAGGAUGUCGACUACUUUGUAGCCAAGCCAAAUACAAUUUCCACACUACAAGAGGGCCUUCUGCAAAACCCUGGUCCAUGAGAACAACCAUGAACUGACAUAAUUCAUCCCUUAUCUCCAAAAGAUUAUUAGAUUUCCAAAAAAUGAUUACAAAACAUACACUAUAUGGUCAAAUGUAUGUGGACACCUGACCAUAACACCCAUAUGUGGGCCUUCUCCAAACUGUUCCACAAAAUUAGAAGCACGUAAUGGUAUAGAAAGUCUUUGUAUGCUUUAGUAUUAAGAUUACCUCUCACUGGAACUAAAGGGGGCCGGGAUGAACUGGGGUAGUGACUGUGUGCCAGGCCUUCUCGCAUGACAUCGGGAACGCGCAAGAAAAAAAAAAAUCCCAACAGCCACGUUCCAAAAUCGAUUUUUCCGCAAUACUGUCUUCCAGUUUCAUUUUUAACUUACAAAUAUAGACUGUUGCUACUAACUGGUACAGAGAAACAUUUCCUCGCACCGAGGAGAAGAAAAUACAUUGGCUGUUGUCGUUGUUUCCCAGAUAACAGACAGCGACAGGAGUCAGACACUUGCUACGUCAGGGCCGUUAAUCCUUAACUGCUCUGUGCUCAUCUUAUUCACUUUGGUUAACAGCAUCUAUAGAAUAAAUACAACAGAAUAAAUACAACUAUAGCGAGAGGUGGCAAGACAACAGUACAGCGAUGUGUAGAAAGGACGACUCGCUUGAGCUGGGAUACGUGAAAAGACAGCGGAGAUGAGGAUGCGAGACGGCACUAAUAAAUGGACCGUCUGGCAUUUAAGCGGUAAAAACGGAAACGGCGGCCGUGUUGAGUGAUAUCGAUCCCAGAGAGUACUCUGGAUCGACGGGCGCAUUUGAUUUCUGCAAACCACGUAGACAAAGCAGAGCCGGGAAAUAACAACACAAUGACUUUAGAUACGUCUGCUAGCCGUUUUUGGUAAUUGAUGCAGCGCGGUCUCACCAAAUAAACAGAUUUUAGAGCUGCAGGGCAUCCGAGUAAGGUAGAUCUGAUUAGGUUAAAGUAAUAACAUUUUCUGGACAUUAAUUACUGUAGAAAUAAAGAUGUUACAGAUCUUAUAGUGUGACAUACAGAACUCGAGUCAUAAGAAACAUGAUAGAGCUUCAUUGUUACAAAGAACUGGUCAUGUAUUACACUAUUUAUUAUUUUUAAUGUACUUUAAUACUGUAUAUGAACAUUUCUUCAGGUAUUAACUUGAGCCUGCACACAUCCAAUGUAGAUAAAGCCUUGCGUGUAAAUCGUACUAUUACAAACUUGUGUUAAUAAACUGUUUUUGCUUUUGCUUA